CAAUAUGGCCUGUGUCCAGCAAGUGGCAGCAGUAGGACAGGUUCUGGUGAACCCAGGACUGGACCUCGCCCAGCGCUUCAGAGCCUUAUUCACCCUGAAGAACCUGGGAGGUGCUGAAGCUAUAGAAUGGAUCAGUAAGGCCUUCACUGAUGAGUCUGCCCUGCUGAAGCACGAGCUGGCCUACUGCCUAGGACAGAUGCAGGACAGACGGGCCAUACCCACUUUGACUGCAGUACUCAAAGAUGCACAGCAGGAACCGAUGGUCAGGCAUGAAGCAGGGGAGGCUCUGGGAGCAAUCGGUGAUCCUGUGGUUCUGGACUUACUGAAAGAGUACAGUCAGGAUCCUGUCAUUGAGGUUGCAGAGACGUGUCAGUUGGCUGUCCGUCGGUUGGAGUGGCUGCAGAGUGGAGGAGAGAAAGAGUUGGAUGAUGGACAUACAGAUAAGAACCCCUACUGCUCUGUAGACCCGGCCCCUCCAGCAGUGAGAAAGAGUGUGCCAGAGCUACGCUCCAUCCUGUUGGAUGAGAGUCUGCCACUCUUUGAACGCUACCGUGCCAUGUUUGCUCUUCGUAACCUGGGCAACGAGGAGGCUGUGCUGGCCCUGGGCGAUGGCCUCCAAUGCUCCAGUGCUCUGUUCCGUCAUGAGAUUGGUUAUGUCCUGGGUCAGAUGCAGCACCCUGCAGCGGUCCCAGCCCUGUGUUCAGCUCUGGAGCGUUCUGGUGAGAACCCCAUGGUUCGACAUGAGGCAGCAGAGGCUCUUGGCUCCAUCGGCAAAAAGGAGUGUCUGGCUGUGCUGCAGCGUUACUGUGGAGACGGAGAACGUGUCGUCAAGGAGAGCUGCGAGGUCGCUCUGGAUAUGCUCGAGUACGAAAACAGCGACCAGUUCCAGUAUGCAGAUGGACUGGUCAGGUUACAGGGUUAAAGUUCAUUAUCACAACCGAAGGGGCUUUCACUCAAAUAUCAUUUUUUACUUUUACUCUCUGCGCUGUUUCUGUAUUACAUUAUACAGCAGAGACAGCUGGACAACUCAGUGCUACGUCAGUAAAACUACUGAAUCCUCUGGGAAGCUGAAGCUUUACAGUAUGAAAAAUACUUGUCACUUAAAAUCAGAAAUGAAACCUUGAAAGCCCAGGAGCUGAAGGAGAUGCAGGAGUGAGCUUAUAGAACUUAGGUGUGCGAGUGUUGCAGUAUCGGUGGACAGGGAGGAGCAGAGUUUUUUGUGGUCUGUCCAAGAUAACACUGCAUUCAGAUACAGCAAAUUUGCAAUGUAUGUAACGUAUGCUUUUUUCCCCCCAACACACAGCCGGUGAAGGUAGAUUGUAACACACAGCAUAUUGUAUGUGUUUGAGGAGUAUGUAACAGCUCGGGGCUAACUUCAUAUUUUACCUGGAAGUGUUUUUUGUUGUUUUCCUCUGGACCAUAUACUACUUCUCUGCUAUCAUUUGAAGUUUUGUGGAAACUACAGCACCUCCAGUUUGCUCACAUUCUGUGCUCAGCUUCAGGCUGAGGUUGAAGACACCCCAAUCACUACAGAACAUUGGAUUUCCUACCAGACCUGAGGUGUGUGCAAAUUUUCAUGAGGAUUAGAAUAUCCUAAGGCCUUCAAAAAUGAGUUCUCCGGGGAGAAAAAAUAAAAAAUAAAUAUGAGCAAAAACAACAGGUUCCAGACACACCCAAUUUGAUGAUAUCUACUGAAGGGCUUUUCUUCUGUUGUCUGGGAGCUGUAUGUGAUCAUACGAUGAGAUGAGUUCUAUAUGGACUGGUUCUAAAUUUAAGAAAUGUUUCAGGUCCAGGUGCACUACAAUUGAUCAGGCCUGAUGUCAGUUAAUUCUACUAUAACUAGGUAAGACAAGCCAAAGCUCUAUCAGCUCCUCUGUUGUAGAUUUACAGUUUGGAUGUACAUAGCCCUCAUUGGAGGGAAGGUUAAUUCCACACUGUAAUCUACUACAGAGAUUAACAGUAAAAUUGUUUUACUGUUGAUUACUGUAGUACACAGAUUAUAAUUUUAAUUUGUAUCAUUUACAGCCAUGUGUGUACUGUAUGUCAAAUUAAAAUUCAGCUAUAAACAUGA